UUAAAUUUUUAACACAUUUAUUUUUAAUUAAUUUUUAAAAUAAAGACAUUAUUAUAGUCUCGUCAAUAGGCGAGAUGCAACCCAUUACGGAACCGAGUACAAGCGUCACAAUUGAGUCAAGGCGACAGGUACCCUCGAUCAUUCCAGCAACUAACAAGGCUGGACACCAGUAUCUGGCCGGGGCAAUUAGCAAUUUUGGCGUAUUCUGUUUUGGCACCACAAUCGGCUGGACGAACGUUGGACACAAUUUGGUAACUCAGAAGGCUCACAACGUUAAGCUGACGAAAGAUCAGUGGGAAUGGACUAAUUCGAUGCUGCCCCUGGGUGCUGCAUGUUUCUGCAUGCCGAUGGGUGUAUUGAUGAAAAUGUAUGGCUGCAAGCCCGUCAUGCUCUUUCAGUUGUUCCCCUACGUCUUAGGCUGGAGCCUACUCAUUUUUGCCAAAAACGUUUACAUGUUAUAUGUGGGUCGCUGUGUACUGGGCAUCUGUGGCGCCGCACUCUGCGUAGCAGUGCCAGUGUACAAUGCGGAAAUCAGCCGGCAGCAUCAGCGUGGGGCCAUGAUCAGCGUGUUCUAUGGCGCCCUUGUCUACGGCGCAGUCUUUAAUAACAUUAUGGUCGAGAUCCUUAGUAUAAAGUACGGCAACGUUACCUGUACGCUGAUGGCGCUUCUCUGUCUCUCCGUUACGUUUAUACCCGAAUCGCCGAGCUACUAUGUCUUACACGGACAAUUAGAGAAGGCUCGGACCUCAAUGCGCUGGCUACGCGGUGAUAAAUAUGAUAUAACUACAGAGCUAGAGUUGCUAAAACAGACGAUAAAGAGAAACAAUACGGAACUGCAUCAAAGUUGUUGGGUCUUCAUGCAAAACAAAAUCAAUCAGCGCAGUGUCCCCCGGGCAACUAUACUUUUAAUGCUGUAUCAUGUGUCCGGUGGCGUUAUCAUCAUGGGCCACAUGGGGGAUAUACUUGUGCAGAUGACCGAUUCGAGUUUCAAUAUCUAUGUGAUGUGGCUGUGUGUGUCCAUGUGUCUGGGCCAUUUAAUCUGUUUGCUGACGGUCGAUCGCAUUGGUCGCCGUUCGCUGUUGCUGGUCUCCUCGGUGGUCAUGUUCAUGACUUCGCUCUAUUUGUGCGUUUGGUUCAAAUGGAUGCGUGCAGAGUCAUGGCGCUGGCCAGCUUUGCUCUCCCUAUUCAUUUUCAUUGCAUCGUUCUCAAUGGGCUUUGGUCCGGUCGCCUGGAUUCUCUACGUCGAACUUAUGCCAGAGCACAUGCGGCCGUUUGGCUGUGCCCUCGCUGCCACAAUAAGUUGGCUGUUCGCCACCCUGCUGAACAUUGGCUACUUGCUCAGCGUGGCCCAUUUUUCAAUAUUCUAUUUUAUGUUAAUUAUCUGCAUGCUGGGGCUAUUAUUUGUCGUCAUCUUCAUACCGGAGACCAAAAACAUAACAUCAGACGAGGUACAGCAGUUAAUGAAGCGGGGUGCAUUCAAUGACGAACAUUCUAGAGAUGAUUCAUUUUAAUGACGCUUUACUAGUAAUUAAAUUAAUGGUCAGUUAAGGUUAUAUAAGCUCCAUUUUUGAAUUGUCAUUAACUGUCAUUUUUAGUUUUGUACGUAUAGAUAGUAAAAUUCAUAUCCAUGAUGUUUAAAUGAGUUUA